AUGGGUUCGUGUGCGUUCUUCUUGGUCAAGCGCCUCAGUGGAGCCGUCCGCCAUGGGGAGUGUUUGCGGCAGUCUCUUCUCCGAUUGUAUUCCUCGGUGCGAUCGGCGCCGAGGAAGACGCUGCUGUCGAGCAUCCUCCCACUGGGGAACCCUAGCGUCAGCCUUCUUCCAGAGCUCGACGGGUGGGCGAAGAGCAGGAAGACGAUCGUCGCCGGGGAGUUGCAGGACCUUGUCAAGCAUCUCCGCAAUCGCAACAGGCACAAGCAAGCUCUUGAGGUUCGGUGCUAUGACCUCCCCUAUGAAAUCAUCCCCCGCCAAUACGCUAUUUUCCAAUUCGAGAAAGCUCCCGUUCCACUGAUAAUCUUGCAUUACUCACUGUAAUGUCUCCUCUGUGCUAGAACGGCGGGACUGUGUAGUACUUCCUGGGAGCGGAGUGGUUGCUUCAAUUUUCUACAUUUAGGAAAUUUUUUAAAUGAUAUUCUUGAAAUAUUGGUUGCAAUUGCGAUUCGCUCGAAGUCUGUAGAUCUGGAUCUAGAUCAACUGAUUUCUUUAAUCAUGCUGUAAAUAUUGCAUUGAAAAAUCAAUUGGAUUGCAGCGAAACAAAUUGAAUCCAUUCGCAGAUGUUAGCUUUCAUCUUCAAUCUUCAUCGUGUCAAUGGUGACCCCAAAAUGUCUAGAGAACUAAAAUCUACAGCAUUAGUUUAUUGUGAGACUUCUGAAUCCUAGAACUUCCUUUCACUGAAUCUUCUCCUGCUGUUUGUGAUAAAUUUCUUCUAAACAUAGGUUUCCGAGUGGAUGAAGCACAGAGAAAUCUGCCGAUUCACCCCUGGUGACCACGCCAUACAGUUGGAUCUGAUCGGCCAAGUGCGGGGGCUUGUUCCUGCCGAGUUGUACUUCAACAGCCUGGACCAGGAGCACAAGACGCAAAAGGCCUACGGGGCCUUGCUCAACUGCUACGUCAGAGAAGGUCUGAUCGAAGAAUCCUUAUUGCACAUGAAGAAGAUGAAGGAGCUGGGCUUUGCAUCGACUGCCCUCCCCUAUAACAACAUCAUGUGCCUCUAUGCUAAUGCCGGCCAGCUCGAAAAGGUCCCCCUUGUCCUGGCGGAGAUGAAGAAAAACGGGAUCCUGCCAGACAACUUCAGCUACAGACUCUGCAUCAAUUCCUACGGCUCGAGAUCUCGAAUUGCCGAGAUGGAGGAGGCCUUGGAGGAGAUGGACUGCCAACCUCAGAUCGUCGUCGACUGGAACACCUAUGCUGUGGUCGCACACAACUACAUCAAAGCUGGCCUCCCAGAGAAGGCGGCGGCCGUGCUGAAGAAAUCGGAGGAGAAGAUGGACAGGAGGAGCCACCUCUGCUAUAGCCACCUUAUAUCCCUCUACGGAGCUUUGAAGAGUAAAGCCGAGAUGAGGAGGCUUUGGGAGCUUCAGGGACAGAUGGGUUUGAAGCAACUGAACAGAGAUUACACUACCAUGCUUGGGGAGCUGGUGAGACUAGGGGAAUUAGAAGAAGCCGAGGAUCUGCUGAAGAGAUGGGAGUCUUCAGGAAACAUGGUCGAUUUCCGAGUGCCGAAUGUGGUCCUUGCUGGACUCUGUAAAAGGGGGUAUGUGGAGAAGGGGGAGGCGAUGCUUGAUAGGUUUGCGAGAGAAGGGAAGGCGCCGCUGCCUUCAAGCUGGGGGAUAUUGGCGAGGGCCUUUGCUGAUAAGGGAGAAAUGGUGAAGGCUCAUCAUUAUAUGGAGAAGGCUCUCUGCGGAUAUGAACCAGACAAAGGAUGGAAACCGAGCCCUUCACUAAUCUUCAGUGUACUGCAGUGGCUCGGGGAUGAGGCUAAUAAUCCCAAAGACGUUGAAAAGUUUGUGGAACUCUUGAAGCCUGUUAUGCCAGAAAUAGGGCUAUUCAGGGCCCGCAUGAGAGCUGGAAAUAGGGCCGAUGGUUACCUUGAGAGCCUGAAGACAGAUGGAAUAGAGGUGAACGAAUCAACGAGAGAGAUUCUGAGAAUCUCGAACGUAGAUUCUGAUAGAUAG